UAAAACAACCAUAAAUGGACAAGAAAGAUUCAAUUCUCUCCCCAAUUCUUAUCGGAUCUGGAAUCGCUGUGGCAGCUCUUUGAGGAGUUGGACUCUACUUAUAUCUCUCUAAAAAUGAAGAGGAAGAAGAAUCUCGCCAUCUCUCUAGAGAAGCAAUUCUUGAAAAACUUGAUGAAGAGUUGAAGAGUAUCGUCAAGCCAGAGAAAAUCUCUGCUGAGCAAAAUGGGGCACAGAGUGGCAUGAAGAUCUACGACCAAGAGUUCUCAAAGAUAGUAUAUAAGACACUUAGCAAAUAUGCUACCAUGAUGAAGCAUUCCUUGAAUUCCCAAUCCUUCGAACAAAAAAUUGAGAUGCUAAGAGAUGAAGAUGAUGAAGGCUACAGGAAAAUAUUCUUUGAAAGCGAGAAGGAAGAAAUCAGCGCAUUAAAGAAGGUAACUGAUAAGGUCCUCAAAGGUAUUGGAAUCAUGGAGCAAGACUAUGUGUUCUCCCUAAAUUAUCAUUCAAAGGAUCCUGAAUUCAAGAAGGAAUUAAUGGCAAUCCAAGAAGAACUAACACAAGAGCUUUUCACUGAUGACGAGAUCAACCCUCCUCUUCCAGAUGAUCUCACCGCUGAAGUUGCUCAAGAAAUCAAGGAUUUCGCUAAAGAAAGUACCGAGAGAGUUUUGAGAGAACUACCUCAGAAGUAUAGAGAUGCAAACAUUCUCCAAAAUGAGAUUUCCUUUGAAGUCGCAAAGCUAGAUGAUGUUAUUUUUGUGAAAUAUGGAUACAAAAACAAAGUAGUGUUAGAAGCAUUCAGAAAAUAUAAUCUCCUUCCCCAGCAACCAGGGGCAGCAAUGAAUAUGCCUUCCUAAUUAUUUUAUCGGGCAAUAAAUAUAUUUUAUUA